CAUCGCAUAUCGGUUUUCGUCCAAUUUGUCUUUGAUUGAAGUCUCUUCAAACUAUGCAGACGGAUUUUUUAAUUACGUAUUUUGUUUUUGUUGUUCCUCAGACAUUUUCUUUAUCCUUAAAUGACUUUUUCCCAUUUGGACGCCAACAUGGAGACACAGCCAUGGCCCAAAAUGAUGAUGGAAGCACUGGUGAUAUUACUAUAUCAACGCUUUUCCCAUUCUUUAAUCAUCAGCACCCGAAACUCGUUGUAAACGCAAAUGGAGUAGUUUCAUUUCUACAAACUGUCAGAACAUACACACCUAACCCAUUCCCAAUUGCCAAUGACGCCAGGAUGAUAGCACCAUUCUGGGCGGAUGUGAACACGAUAAAUGGGGGAACAGUUUGGUACAGGGAGACCGUAAAUUCUACUCUACUGAACAGAGCCAGCGAAGAGGUGCGAGCUUAUUUUCCCAGAUUCUUCAGAUUCAGAGCUUCGUGGAUAUUUAUUGUCACCUGGGAUCAAGUUGCAUACCACGGCUGUGACAGUUCUUGUUCAAAGACAAAUACAUUUCAAGCAGUUUUGAUAACCAAUGGACAGUAUUCAUUUACUUUAUACAACUACGAGCAAAUUGAAUGGACAACGGGUACAGCAAGUGGUGGUAAUCGUAUGACUGGACUGGGCGGAACUCCUGCACAGGUUGGAUUUAAUGCGGGGGAUGGUAUUGUGUUUUUCACGGUGAAUGCAUCGCGUACUUCUGACAUUGUUAAUGUUGACGAAAUGUCCAAUGUUGACAUACCAGGAAAAUUUGCCUUUAGAAUAGAUGCUAGUGACAUAACAGAUGGGGGAUGUAAUACAAAAGGAGACCUGACCAUAACCCCUCGAUACGGCCCACUGUUAGGAGGGCAGUAUCUUGUUCUCAGUGGCCCAUGCAUUGAGCCAUCUGCAACCAUAACAGCCACAUAUCUUGGGUCACAAGAAACGUACAUCUGUGAUCGAAAAUCAGAAUUUAGCAUAGUAUGCAUAACACCAAUAUUCCAACACACAGGGGAUGCAAUUAUACAGAUAAAAAUAGAGACUAACGGCGUGGUGAAGACAUUUCGAGGUCUCUACACAAUCUUAAACCCUGCGGACAACAAGCAUCGAGUGUAUAGGCAUAACUCUGAUGAAUGGUUUGCUGGACAGAAAUCAAUAUCAUGGGAGCCAGAUGCUUCAGAACUUCAGGAUAAUGAAACUGUCGAUAUACAUCUUUUCUCUUUAAAAGAGGAAAGCGAUCGUCAGUUGUCAUGGAAGAGUCAGAUUGUCCUUCAAGGUGUACAUCGAGCCUCAGGAUCAGCAGUUAUUACUGUGUCAAACAGUGGUUUUGCUUUGGCUAUAAGGGUAACAUCUGCAACCAAAAGAAGAGGACAGGCCGAUAGAGGAAUUUGGUCUGACAUAUUUCCCGUGGCCCUACCACCAGAUCAAGCGUACAUCUUCUGUCAUGAUUGGCUAAAAAAUGAAACGCAACUACCCAAAUUGUCGACUAAUGAUGAGCAGCCAUGUCCAUGUACUUUAGACCAAGCUCUACUGGACAUAGUCAGAUUUCAACCCGAUCCAGAUUGCAGCAUGUUUAGUCGUACUUCGCCGUAUUCCCGUACUGGUAAUUGUCUGCAUAGAAGAGACGCCACCCAUUGUAUUCGUUUAGUUAAUUUAGGGCAACACGGAGUCGACAAUUUGUGCUGCUACGACAUUGCAAAUAACCUAAUCGACUCAAGAGUAAAGGAAGGAGGGAGCAUUCAGAGAUAUCAUUAUCUUGGUGGACAUAGAGUGCAACCAUACAUCACAAACUUUUAUUUUGACGUUCUACCAUUCCUUCACUGUUGCCGAUAUUCUCUAAAUGUUAUAGGGAUUGGAUCCUCAGGUGUUUCAAAUUUAUGUCCUAGUUACUUCAAACACAGAAAGUUCAGUUCGUGCAAGAACUAUAUCCCACCGAGACCAGCUCGGACCAAUGGAGAUCCUCAUAUUACUACUCUGGAUGGCUUUCAAUAUACAUUUAAUGGUGUGGGAGAAUUUGUCUUUAUGAAAACCGUAGACGAAAGAUUUCAAAGCCAGAUAAGAUUUGAGCAAUUUAGAAAAGAAAACGGAGAUUUGGUUGAUGCAAGCAUAUGCACUUCCUUUGUUUCACAAGAUUCGAAUAAUUCUGCCGUCGUAGAAGUCCGCCUCAACUCGAUUAGAAUUGUAGACGUUUUAGUCAAUGGAGAUGUUAUAGACUUUGACGAGUCCAAUGCCCAUCAAUUUCAAGGUGUGACUGUUAUGAAGCUUGAAACAAAUUCGACAAACUCGAACCUGACCAAAAAGGAGUUAAUUGUAUCUUUUACCACAAUGGGCAUCGCAUUCAAAGCUGUAGCGA